AUGGAGGGGACCGCAGCUCUGCUACGACUGGAGGAGCGGCCUCUGCCCCAAAGAGCUUGCUCGGCCAACGCAGCGCCCUCGUCCCCCGUGGAGGUGGCCGGGGACCGCGGCCUGCGAGCCUUGCCGGCGCUCACCUCCCCCGGGCCGGGUCGGGCCGCCCAGCGCGCACGUGCUCCGGCCCCGCGCCGCUUAAAGGGCCGCCCCGACGGUAGCGGCGCGCCGAGCGCGAUGCGGCUGCUGCCGCUGCUCUUCUUGCUGGUGGCGGGCGAGCGCGCGGAGCGGCAGGGGGCCGGGCGUGCCGCCUCCUGUCCGCGGCAGCUGCAGCAGCAGCAACGGCAGCAGCCCCCGCCGCCCCGACGGCUCAGCGGGCGCGAGAAGCGGGAGAUGCAGCGCGAGAUCCUGGCCCUGCUGGGCUUGCCGGGCAGAGUCUCUCCGGCCGGCGCCCGCCACUGGCCGCCGCCGCCCUCCGCCGCGCCCCUCUUCAUGCUGGACCUGUACCGGGCCAUGGCCAGCCAGGACGAGGAGGAGGAGGAGGAGGGCGGCCCCAGCUGGGCGCCUCCGCGGAGGGCCCUCGACGGGGCGGACACCGUCAUGAGCUUCGUCAACUCGGUUGAACUGGACAGAGAUAUCUUCUAUCAGAAGCCAUACUGGAAGGAAUUCAGGUUCGACUUAACACAAAUCCCAAUGGGGGAGUCCGUAACAGCAGCUGAGUUCCGCAUUUACAAGAUGCAGAGUGUCACUCGCCAUUUCAAUCAGACCCUGCACAUCAGCCUCUAUGAGAUUGUCCAAGAACAACCCAACAGAGAGUCAGAGCUACUUCUUUUGGACCUUCAGGAUUUUCUGGCUGGGACAGAGGGCUGGCUGGUGUUUGAUGUUGCAGCUGCCAGUAAUCACUGGUUGUUAAACCGCAAAUACAACCUGGGCUUGAGACUCUACGUUGAAACAGACGAUGGGCAGAGUGUCGAUCCUGGAUUAGCAGGCCUCUUGGGUCGCCACGGGCCACGUUCCAAGCAGCCCUUCGUGGUAACAUUCUUCCGGACAAGCCAAAGCCAGGCCAGGGUCCCCCGUGCUGUCAAGCAGCCAAGGAAGAAGCAACACAAGAGGACUAACAGCUUCCCACACACAAACAGACUUCCGGGCUCGUUUGAUGACAUUCCUCUUUCUGACGGGAAGCAUGUGUGCAGAAGACAGGAGCUGUACGUCAGCUUUCAAGACCUUGGAUGGCUGAACUGGGUGAUCGCCCCGCAAGGCUACUCAGCUUUCUACUGCCAAGGAGACUGCGCUUUCCCACUGGACUCCUGCAUGAAUGCCACCAACCAUGCCAUCCUCCAGUCCUUGGUCCACCUGAUGAAGCCGGAGACCGUCCCCAAGGCUUGCUGCGCCCCCACUAAACUCAGCGCCACCUCUGUCCUUUAUUACGACAGCAACAACAACGUCAUCCUCAAGAAACACCGAAACAUGGUGGUGAAGACAUGUGGCUGCCUCUGAUGCCCUGGGAGACCCGGGAGGGUCACGGGCAAGGUCGAAGUAGUCAUGAACUCGUGGGCAUCACCUGUUGCCCAAGCUUGUAAGCAGAACUGAUGGGACAGGACUGGUCACCUUCCCACUUUCCAGGACUUAAUAAACAGGCUGUGGAGCCUGAUCGUGGGCUGACGCAGGCGCAUGGGCCUUGCUGUGGCUAGAGACUGAUGCGUUCCUAGCCUACGCAAACAACAGGCCCCAGCAGAAAAGUUUCUGCCAAGGAAACUAAAACAUGGCCUGGCUGCAGACAUAGGUAUCCUUUUGUCCUCUGUGCCAACAUCCCCCCUUACAGAUCCUGCGCUAUAAAUUAAAUUAAAAACGAAACUAAAUUAAAUUUAAACAUCUGAAGCGGAAAACCCCAUGGAAACUGAUACGCUUGCUUUUGCAUAAAUAUGCUCUGUUUGCGUGCUUUAUUUUGUACCUAAGAUUUUGAGGGUUUUAAAAAAUAGAAUGCACAUUUUUAUUUUUUAAAGAACAAUGUGGACACUUGGGGAAACCCAAGGAAAAGGAUUUACCUGUGGCCACUUUUGUAGAUACCCCAGCAUGUCUUCAAGUCCCUCUUCAAGCAAGAGGGCCGGAAAGGGGCUUUUGUUCUUUCAAAAAACUGAAAUUAUAGCAAGAUCCCAAGCUUGAAUGUGAAUAAACUCCCUAUGGGCAGAAUCUGGCCCUAUAAGGUACCCGAACGCUUGAGAACACCUGCACAGGUGAUGUCCAUUCAUGGUAGGCCACAUCCUGUUGGCCAGCAGGACAAAGUGCAGGUUGGAUGCUGAUAUCAGUGUAGGAUUAAUUAGUCGGGCUUCUUGCAUUCCAGCCUCCUGCUCAUGCGAGGGCUCCGCUGUGCAGGCACAGUUUGCCGCAGAAGUAGAGAGGGGGACACAGCAAGUCCACAAGGAAGGGCUUUACCUGCACUCCUGGCUGAAAGGGUGGUUCUUCCAAUGGACAGAGUAUUGCUGACAGGUGGAACAAAAAUAACCCAUCCUGCACAUUAACACCUUAGGGGCCAGGCUUAGAGAAGGGUUGCAUCUCUAUCUGGUUAAUCACAUCCUGUAUGAUAUGCCCCCCCACACCAUUUUUUUGUUGACUGCAGUUGGAACAAAGGAAUUGGAACAAGGCAAGUGGCAGUUUGAGUGAGUAGCUGUUGGUAGCCACCUAUGGAGUGCUGGCCCAAAUCAUUGGGCACAAAGCACGCCUUUCUUGCAAGCAGCCUUUUCCCAUACAGGGAUGGCUGAUGCAAAUGAACUAGCUUUACAAAUAUUCAUCAGGAGACCAUUGUUUGCAAAUAUUCUAUCAAUAAAGCUGAUUUGCAUGCUGGAGGGUGGGGUGGGGUGGGAAAUCAGUGCCACCCUUCCAAAGAGAGCCAAACCUUGAACUUCUCUCCUUUUCUGGAUUAUAGAGGAUCAUUUGUGGGCUGCUUCACAUAUUACAUUUUGAAUUCGACAAAAUAUCAAUUCACCUUGCGUUCUCCCCAAGAAGCAGGGUUGCCAACCUACAGGUGAGGCCUGAAGAACCCCCAAAUUACAAUUGAUCUCCAGGCUACAGAGAUCAGAUCGCUUGGAGGGAAAGGUAGCAUUAGAGGGUGGACUGUAUAGCAUUAUACCCAACUGGUUCCACCCUCAAAUUUCCAGGAUUUUCCCAACCUGAAGUUGGCAACCCUAGGAACCACGCUUGGGCAGUUGCUUCGUGAGCACUCAUGUCACGCCUCUCCCAGCUUUGCCACUGUGUAAUGUGUGAAUGGCGCCCUGCUGGCCCUGUCGCAACAUCCAGCAGCUGCAACUCAUAAACGGGGAGUGGGUUACAGGGGCAUGGGCUCAUUCCCUGAACGGGUGGUGUUAUUUGUCAUUACAAAGCAGUCCUUGAUUUUGUUGUACUGUUGCUCAAAUAAAAUCCCAGAACAAUG